AUGCGCCUCUGCAUAGCUCAAUGGGGCCUCGGAACCUGCAGAGGGCGACAGAACCCGCGGCGCCUGCCUUUUACGUCACGCUCCGCUUGCGUGCUGAUUCCGGGUCAGAGGUCGGGCGCAGCUUGGGUCAUGGUGCAGCUCAGACCGCGCGCGUCCCGCGCUCCGGUUUCGGCGUCGGCGAUGGUGGACGAGGGCCAGCCCGCCUCGGAGGAGGAGGCGGAGCACGGCCUGUUGCUCGGGCAGCCGAGCAGCGGCGCGGCUGCCGAGCCGCUGGAGGAAGACGAGGAAGGGGACGAUGAGCUUGACGACGAGGCCCCGGAGGAGCUGACUUUCGCCAGCGCUCAGGCGGAAGCGAAAGAAGAGGAGCGGCGAGUUCGCGAGACCGUGCGCAGGGAUAAAACGCUUCUGAAGGAGAAGAGGAAGCGACGCGAGGAGCUGUUCAUCGAACAGAAGAAAAGAAAACUUCUUCCAGAUACUAUUCUAGAGAAGUUAACUACAGCUUCACAAACUAGUGUGAAGAAAUCACCCGCAAAGUUGAAAGAAGUGAAUUUGCAAAAGAAAAAUGAAGAAUGUGAGAAAGGAAGUGACUCAAAGAAAGCUAAAGAAAAAGUGCAAAAAGUACAGACUGUUGGCCAGAAUAAAAGCUACUUGGCUGUAAGGCUGAAAGACCAAGAUUUGAGAGAUUCAAGGCAAGAAGCGGCCAAAGCCUUCAUACAGAAUUGUUUAUAUGGUCCUGGAACCAACAGAACUACUGUAAACAAGUUCCUGUCUCUUGACAACAAGAGGUUACCGGUGAAAAAGGCCGCAGCCCAGUUUUUGAAUAAUGCUUGGGCAUCCCAGAAAAAACAAAAUGCCAAGAGGUUUAAAAGACGUUGGAUGGUCAUAAAGAUGAAAACUUCUAAGAAGUAAAUCAAAGCUAAAUGAAGAACGAGGACUUUGUAUGUACAGAACUUAUAAAUUUUUAGUUUAGAGCAUUUAAUUUUUCUGAAAAGAUUAAUAAAAGACUUACAAAUCA